UACAAACAUAGGCAUGUGUGGUUUGGGGUCCCUGUGGCAUUUUAAGUUUGACAAAGGCACUAAAACAUGUGCCAAAGCUUUUGUGCGGAGUUUUGUGUCACUGUUCAAUAAAGUAUUGAAUUGAUGCAAAACGACGAUGGCACUUGGCACACAGUUGAUAUUUGCUUUAAUCGCAGCAGCAAUUGCUCUUUACUACAGCGGUCGAUCCAAGACACUGAUUGAUAGCAUCGAUAAAGCAAUAUUUGGAUCUUAUGGCUGCAUUCCUGCUCCAAACAUUGAAGAACUCACUUUACAAUAUUUUAAAACGCGUGGUAGAGCUGAAAGUAUUCGAAUGAUUUUACAAGAUAAUAAUAUUCCUUAUUCUGAAGUGAACUUUAGUGGAGACGAGUGGAUGGAAAUUAAGAAGAUAGGAAUUGAGACGGGAACAUUUACUUUUGGACAAGGUAAAAAUUUUAUAAUAGUAGCGUUUCAGGCGGAAAGCGCAAUUUAAUUAAUUAAAGAGAAAUAUUAAACCCAGCAUGUCACUAUCACGCCAUAUGACUUUCAAACAAGACAUAUAAACAGUCAUAUAAACAGUCAUAUUAAUAUUUAUCUUUAAAUUUUGUAAUAAUAAUAAUACCUCAAUUUAUCCAAUUAGAGCACUAGAUUGAGCCAGUUUUUAAACCGAGCCCCCGCCCCCUCCCCCUCCCCUUGAAAUUUCCGCAGAUUUUAGUUUUAGUCUUACCCAUGGAAUUUCUGCGAUUUUUUAUGAAGUUCUAACCCAUCCCAUGGAAAUUCCUUGACAGUCCCUGGUUGAUCUGAUAGCCAGUGGAAUUUCUGUAUUUAUUCUUUGAUUAGUAGCCAACCCUUCUUGGUCACAUGGUCUGUGCUAAUGGUAUGAUAUUUAAUAAUAACUUGGUCAUAUGACAACUAGUAUCAUUUUGUAUUUUUAAAAAUUUGUUUAGUUCCAGCAAUCACUACAAAAUCAGGUUUCAGUCUUGUUCAGAGCAUGGGUAUGUAA